AUGUGGUCUUCUGCUGUUGUAGCCCAGCGUCCUUUCAGCACCGCGUUUGUGUUGGACAGCCGGAGUGCGCGUGGCUGUGGGGCGGAGCGACCUAACUCAGCACGGCUGGCGGCCAAUGAGUGGCGCGGCUCCUCUUCACCCUCCCGGAGAAGACGAGGAGCUAUAAAAGGAGCUCGCGGCCACUCUAGCGGAGGAGAAAUAAAUGGAAAAGUGGAAAUCAUUAUAUUAAUAUUUUCUGUUUUUGUGUAUUUCUUAGAUACAGACGCAGACGUAAACGGAAUGCUGAUUUCACUUAUACCAGUGGCCCAUGCUCAAGGGAGUCCUAAAGUCGUGGUGUCCAUAAAGCCUGAUACACAUGUGUUCAUUGGAGAGAAUGUUACUCUCAGAUGUGACAUACAGAGAGGAGGAAGCACUCAGCGGACAUACAGCUGGUAUAAAAAUAAUAACACACUCACAGACAACACAAUGCAGGAGUUCAUAAUCCGGUCUGUUACUGACUCUGACAGUGGUGUCUACACCUGCAGAGGACAGAGCAGUUUCUUUCAGAGGUCAGAGAUCAGCGAUGCUGUUACACUGACUGUAUCAGUAAAACCCAAACCGACUGCGAGAGUGAAUACUCAGAGCUCCGUCUACACUGGAGACACCAUCACUCUGAGCUGUGAGCUGCAGCAGUCGACUGGAUGGAAGUUUCUCUGGUACAAAAAUAAUCAGCUGUUACAGCUUCUGAAGAGUGAACAAGCACACACACUUAAUGUGACAGCCAAUAAUGCAGGAGAAACAGUGUACCAGUGUCGCGCACGCAGGAGAAACUACUACACAAUGUUCAGUGAUCCUGUCAGGAUUACAGCGAGAGAGAGACCACGGGCAGUACUGAGUGUAUCUCCACAGAGCUGGCUGACUGAAGGAGACUCAGUGACUCUAAGCUGUGAGGUUACAGACUCCUCUACAGACUGGACAUUCAGCUGGUACACAACUGUUCCCUACAGAGAUGGCUUAACUCAAAUAAAAAAUAAUCGUGGCUAUAGCAUGUAUGUGGAGCUCCUCUCAGACAGCAGCAGAGGAUCUGGAGGCAACUACACUCUCAGUCCUGCUGCUCUGAAUCACACAGGAGUUUAUAUGUGCAGAGGAGAGAGAGGAGAACCAGCCGUUCACACACAGUACACCAAUCCACAGCCACUAUGGAUCACUGGUGAAUCUCCUCCAGUCUCUCUGAUCAUCAAUCCCAGCAGAACUCAACACUUUGCUCAUGACUCUCUCUCACUGAGCUGUGAGGACCAGAGAAACUCUACUGGAUGGACAGUGAGACGAUACACACACAGUGAGGGAAUGUUAGAUUGUUCACGGUGGGGAUCAGUUACAGGAUCUACAUGUAAAAUCAGCUUCCUCUCCACAUCCUACACUGGAGUUUACUGGUGUGAGUCUGAAUCUGGAGAAAACAGUAAUCCUGUCAACAUCACAGUGCAUGGUGAGUCUUCAUAUGGUGAUGUGAUCCUGGAGAGUCCUGUCCAUCCUGUGACUGAGGGACAUCCUCUGACUCUACGCUGUUUAUAUCGCAGCACAAAUUCCUCAAACCUCCGAGCUGAUUUCUAUAAAGAUGGAUCAGUUCUCCAGACACAGACUACAGGAGAGAUGAUCAUCCGAACUGUCUCAAAGUCAGAUGAAGGUUUCUACCACUGUAAACACCCAGAGAGAGGAGAGUCACUGAAAAGCUGGUUCUCAGUCAGAGUCUCAGGUUCUAGAUCCGGUGGUGUAACAGUAGGAGUGGCUGUGGGUUUGGGAUUUUUGUUCAUCGCUUUACUGAUCUUAAUGAUCCUGCUGUGGUCCUACAAAAGAAAAAAAGAAAAGCAGAAGAAAAUCAAUCAGACAUCAGAGCAGAAUCAGAGCCGGUCAGGAGCUGAAGACUAUCAGUCAGGACACACACCACUUCAGGCUGGUGAAGCUGCAGCUGAGAGUGAAGCCGCUUACGCACAGGUCAUGAAGAAAAAGAAGAGAAACAGGAACAAUGGUGCUGAUGCUGAAGCUGGUGUUAGUGAUGUGACUUAUGCUGAGCUUGAACUAAAACCAAUGAAAAAUGAAAAGAGAAUAAAAGAAAAGGCCAGUGUGGGUGAUGAUACUGUCUACUCAGAGGUGAAGCACAACAUGGAGUGAGCCGUGUGUCUGUGUCCACUGAUGAAGCUACAGUUAUCAAACAGAUCACUGGAAAACUGUGAAUUGUGUUUGUCUUCAGUUUUUCCUAAAUGUUCAGAAAGGAAAGUCUGCUCAUCCCCUUCCUGUACGCAGGAACAUUACUUAUUUUUUUUCUUCUUUUAACUGCUUUUCUUUUCCUACUUAUUCUAUGCACUUAUUAUUAAGGGCACAAAUAUUAUAUUAUAAUAUAAUAUUAUAUUAUAAAUUAAUUUUAUAUACAUGUGUCUCAUUUGCAUAUUUUGACACAGUAAAAAGGAAAUUCAUAAUGUGGCUAAUUUUAUUAAUGCACUUUCAACUGGAUACAUAUACAAUUAAAAGAAAAAAAAGUACUUUAGGGUGAAAAAAAUACUUGUUCAAAAUUAUAAAAAUAGUUUCUUCCAUUUUUAAAGUAUUAUUUAAGGUUAGACACAACACUCUAAAAUACUUUUUUUUAAAUUAUUUUUACUUAUUUUUUACUCAUAUGCUAAUUCCAUUGAACGUACAUUAAUACAAAUAAUUUAAUAUGCAUGUGGAUCAUUAUCCUUAUUUUUCUUUUACUCAUAUACUUGCACUUCAGUGCUUUUGGUUGGUUUUUGGUUGGAUACGAACACUUGGUAUCUGAUACUGCACACACCAAAGUAGAAGAAACAUGAGUGAAAUAUGUAAGUCUGUCACUGUUUUCUUACACAAAGUGAGUUAUUCUCGUUGAUGUACAAAAUUUCGCUGAUGAAAGAAUGAAUUAACACGAAAGUAAAGUUGGCUGGGGUGAAUAUUUAUAUUUUUGGUUCUGUACCAUGCUGUCCUGGAUCAUUGCUGUCGUCGUCUGAUCUGUUGAUCCACACACACACACCUUCUAAAUAAUGUUGUUUUUGAAAAUUUUCUCUUUAUAGUUUACAUUUUUCUAACCAUUUUUUAUUGUUCAUAUUUAUGCCUUUACAAAUGACCUGAUGCUUUGUUAUAA